UUCUGAUGACUAUAAAUGGCGAUUCUCUACCAAGGUGUCUUUAUUUAAAAAAAAAAAAAAUCGUUUCGUGUCAUCCCCCACGUCAGGCCGGCUCGUGGGCGUGAGGCUGUACUUCCUCCGCCCCCUCCUAAUGGAGUGAACCAUUCCCAGCUCUCCCCCUCCCUCGGCCUCUCUCUCUCUCUUUCUCUCCCUUCCUCGCUCCCUCUCUUUCUCUCCUCCCUCUGCCUUCCCCGUGCAUAAAGUCUCCGUCGCUCCUGGAACUUGUUGGCAAUGCCUAUUUUUCAGCUUUCCCCCGCGUUCUCCAAACUAACUAUUUAAAGGUCUGCGGUCGCAAAUGGUUUGACUAAACGUAGGAUGGGACUUAAGUUGAACGGCAGAUAUAUUUCACUGAUCCUCGCGGUGCAAAUAGCGUACCUGGUGCAGGCCGUGAGAGCAGCGGGCAAGUGCGAUGCAGUCUUUAAGGGCUUUUCAGACUGUUUGCUCAAGCUGGGCGACAGCAUGGCCAACUACCCGCAGGGCCUGGACGACAAGACGAACAUCAAGACCGUGUGCACAUACUGGGAGGAUUUCCACAGCUGCACGGUCACGGCCCUUACGGAUUGCCAAGAAGGGGCGAAAGAUAUGUGGGAUAAACUGAGAAAAGAAUCCAAAAAUCUCAACAUCCAAGGCAGCUUAUUCGAACUCUGCGGCGGCGGCAACGGGGCGGCGGGGCCCCUGCUCCCUGCGCUGCCCGUGCUCCUGGUGUCUCUCUCGGCAGCUUUAGCGACCUGGCUUUCCUUCUGAGCGCCGGGUCGGCUCCCCUCGCGCGCGCCCGCACUCACGCCAUGCUCCCGGAAACCGAGAGGAAGAUCCAUACGUUCUUUGGGGACGUUGUGAUUCUCUGUGAUGCUGAAAACACUCAUAUGGGAAUUGUGGGAAAUCCUGAUUCUCUUUCUGAUUUCGUUUGGUUCCUUGUGUUUCAUUUGCCAAAUGUUACCGAUCAGUGAGCAAGCGAGCACAGCCAAAACUCGGACCUCAGCUUCAGUCCGUCUUCACACAGAAAUACGAAAACGGCAAACCCACCCCAUUCUUUUUUUUUCUUUAAUUUUUAUUUUUUUGGCACAAGAAUCUCAGGAACGGCCCUGGGCCGCCUACUAUAUUAAUCAUGUGAAUACAUGACCAAUGAUGGGCUCCUCCUAACAGGAAAGAGGAGAGGAGAAGGCCAGGGAAAUGCAUUGAAGAGAGCAGCAUCUCGUGAAUAAUUCACGCUCACUGUCUUUCUAACACAGAAUCUUGUUUUGAUCAUUUCCACUGCACAUUUCUCCUCGAGAAAAGUGAAAGGACAGAUGGUUGGCCUUGUGUUUCAAGGCUACGAUGGGGAGAGGGAGGGAGUUGAGGAAA